AUGGAUUCUGUGGCUAAUCCAGGAUGUCAAACUGAACAAGCAGCAAGCUUAGCAUGUGUAGUUGAUGCAGAGAUGUCAACGCUCUACCAUCAAUUGGAUCCGCAGGGCACGACGAUACAGUGGGUUCGGAGAACGGAACACGUGGCACCCAAUCAGAAGCAACUCUCAUCAGGAUUCGAAAUCACACCGAAUGCAAAUCAUUUGAACAUCGCAGCCGACACUGCAGUGGAGCUUGUUAAUUCGAGCAUGUCCUCAGAAAACGUGGAACAGCAAAACGAGUUACAGCAGCCCGAACUCCCGCAGCCCAACGGGGAUGCCAUGGAGCCUUCGAGUUCACGAGAAUCAGUGAAACUCAUAUAUGGUAAGUACACAUGA